AUGAAGGAUAGCGAUCGCUAUGUUCCCCACACCAAUGCCACCUUCAAGCAGCGGUACUUUUUCGACUCUUCUUACUACAAGUCUGGGGGACCAGUGUUUCUCUACAUUGGUGGAGAGACGAGCGGAGAGUCGCGUUUCUCCAACUUGCAGACUGGAAUCAUCCAGAUUCUCAUGGAAAAGUUCAACGGUCUUGGUGUCAUUCUUGAGAAUCGUUACUAUGGUGAAAGCUACCCGUACAAUUCUAGUACAACAGAUGAACUGAGAUUCUUGACUACUGAGCAGACGAUUGCCGACAAUGCCUACUUUAGACAGCAUGCUACCUUCCCAGGUGUUAACGCUAGUCUGAACAGUGUUGACACCCCUUGGAUUAUGUAUGGCGGUUCUCUUGCUGGUGCUCACACUGCAUUCACCAUGAAGACUUACAACGACAUCUUUGCUGGAGGCAUCGGUAGCAGUGCCACUACCCAGGCUUUACUCGAAUACCCUCAGUGGUACGAUCCCAUCAUAAAGUUCGGUCCUUCAGACUGCGUAUCCAGGAUCAUUGACAUUGUCGACAAGAUGGAUGAACUUAUCUGGAGUGGAAACAAAGAAGGCAUCCAGCAAUUGAAGGAGAUCUUUGGUCUCGGCGCGCUGCAAGAUCUGAGAGACUUUGCCAUGACGAUUGCAUUCCCGAUCGGUGGUCCGAUGAAUUAUCCCACCAACACAUGGCAAGAAAUCAAUUGGUCCCCCAAAUAUGGUUCUGAAGACUUCUUCAACUUCUGCUCCAACGUAACGAACAUCAACCCACCGGCAAACAUCAGCAGCGUCGAUAUGGCGCUUGCCAAGUACUCCCAGGGUGAAUCUUGGACUGGAUUAGGUGGUUAUGCCGAUUAUGUGAAGAAGACGCUCAUCCCGAACUGCGAAAGUGGACGAAUCGAUAGCACGGACGAGGGCUGCUUCGGCACGCAAAAUCAGACAUACUACGCCGACCCCUCAAACGGUGCAGCACGCUCAUACCUUUACUCGACCUGUUCAGAGUCCGGUGCUUACCAAGUUGCGCCUACGAACGGCCCAUCUCUCAUCUCCCGCGUCCUCCAAAUUGACUACACCCAGCAGUGGUGCACCUGGGCCUUCCCACCUGGCGAGCAUAAUAGCAUCCCUGCAACUCCCCAGUUGCACUACUAUAACAAGUACGGAGGCUGGGACGUCCAAGCUGAGAAUCUCGCUAAGAUCGAUGGCAAUACCGAUGUCUGGCUUGAUCUAUGCUACCAUUCGAAUCUGGCUCCUCAGCCCAGGAUCAGUAGCGACAAGUACCCGAGCUACCUGAUUGCGGGAGCCGGACAUCACUGGGACAGUUAUGGUAUCAAGAACGUUAGCGCUGAGCCGGAUUAUAUCAGGGAGGCCCAUUAUUGGGAGGAGAGGACUGUCGUCGGCAAGAUGGGCAAGCUGGCUUUCCCUCUCGAUAAAGAGCUGACUGGUCCGGACCGAAUUGUUCUGGAAAUCCUACAGAAGGAGUACGAGUUACAUGAGACCAGGCCUGCGAAAUCAACGCUAGAUGCAGCAGAAGAUUCAGAUGACUCGGGUGUCAAACAUUCCGAGAUUGUGACGCCAUCACCAGAGGAUCUCCAAGACCAGGAGCAGCAAGCAAUCGCUUAUCUCAAGAAGCUGAAUGACCCCAAGUCUGACAGUUUCGAGACCACUGUGUGCAGCACUGUCGAUGAUUCGGACAUCAAGAACCCUCUUCUUCGUCAAUGGAUCAUUGAUCCCUACAUUCGAUGGGCAAAGCAGAUUGUACGAGUCGAGACCGAUGUCAUUAUGGUUACGCAUUUGCUGCUUUACUUCUGCACCAGCGUCCCAUCAGCGAUCUAUCUGUACGUCAACUUCCACUGGUGGCACGCUGUGCUUCAUUGCGUUAUGCAAGGCUACUACAUGGGACCAUUCACGCUCCUGAAGCAUCAGCAUAUUCAUAUGCGUGGUGUUCUUAGCAAGAAGUAUGGCUUCAUCGACCGGCUAUUCCCAUACAUUCUCGAUCCAAUGAUGGGCCACACCUGGAACUCAUACUACUAUCAUCACGUCAAGCACCAUCACGUUGAAGGCAACGGACCUAAUGACCUGUCUUCUACUAUUCGAUACCAGCGGGACAGUGUUUGGGACUUUGCGCAAUAUGUUGGCCGGUUCUACUUUCUGAUCUGGCUCGAUUUGCCCAUGUACUUCUUGCGCAACCGCAAGCCUAAUCUCGCGCUCCAAGCGGGUGCUUGCGAAGUUGGUAACUACGUCUUCCUGUACGUGAUGUACAACUUCGUCAACGCUCGUGCAACGACGUUUGUGUUCUUGAUUCCUCUGGCUUUCAUGCGCCUGGCUUUGAUGACUGGAAACUGGGGCCAGCACGCUUUCGUUGACGAGGUCGAGCCGGACUCUGACUUCAGGUCAAGCAUCACACUCAUCGACGUACCCAGCAACCGCCACUGUUACAACGAUGGCUAUCACACAUCUCAUCACCUCAAUCCGCUCCGUCACUGGCGUGAACAUCCAGUUGCGUUCCUUUCGCAGAAGAAGCAGUACUCCGACGAGCACGCAAUCGUUUUCUAUAACAUCGAUUACUUCUUUCUUACGGUCAACCUGCUCAGAAAGAACUAUGAGCAUAUUGCUAAAUGUCUCGUACCUAUGGGCGACCAGAUGCAGCUUACGCUCGACGAGAGAGUCGAGAUGCUAAAGCGCAAGACAAGAAAGUUCUCAGAUGAGGAGAUCGCAGAGAAAUGGGGCAAGCAAAUCCAUUUGUUUGUUCAGAGAAUGUCUAUUACAAUCAGGCAUGUGUUCAUGGCACCUAUGGUAGCACAGUGCUCGUAUGAAGCACCUGCCGCAGCGCAUUCGAUCAUAAUACCGCACGAUCCAAACCUCGUUCUUUUGCCACCUCAUCGCAACGACCUCCCUAAACUUAUCACUAUUCUACUUCCAGCAAUGGCAAAAUCCCAGCGCUUACCGUUUGAACAGAGUCUGUUUGUUACAACACCGAACAAGAUUCAUUUGAGGACACAGCUUGCUCGCGAGACGCUGUUCGAGUGCGAGACCGCUAACGGCAUAGUCAACGCUCGUGCCUCGAAAGAUAACAGCAGCCUGUUCGCUAUAGCAGAUGGUCAGGUUGUAAUACUACAUGAUGCUUCGCGAACCAAGGACAGGAAACACAAAUUGAAGAGUGGUGAUGGCGAGCCACGUCUUCUUCUCUUCUCACCCGACUCGCGCACCCUGUAUUUCACGACGACGUUGAACAACUCAGUUCAAGCGUAUUCCAUAUCAGAUGACAAGCUUCUGCCUUCCUUACCAUCGCAUCCAUCUCCACCGAAUGUGAUCGCGAUAUCCAGUAACGGUACUGUACUUCUUUCAGCAUCACCAAACCCGAUGACUAUAUACCUUCAAGACCAAAGAUGGGGACACAGCGCGCCUAUAGACUUUCGUCCAACAGAUGCCCGCUACUCUGCGACCUGUGCUGCGUUCCAACAAUUGGAUGGUCCCGCGCAGCCGUCAUAUACAAACUUUGUGAUCGGAUUCCAGGACGGAUUACUAGCGAUGUAUCGUCUUUUCCUGCCUUCACUCCGAAAGCGGCCCGAAGAUUCGCACACAAAUCAAUUCCAGUUCUACCAAUUACAGCCUGUCCGAGUAGGUGUCAUCAAGAAGCUCCAUAAGCCGGCCAUGGGUGGUGUACUCGCAGCGGAGUUCAUACCGGGCUACAAAUCGCGUGUUGUUAGCAUUAGGUAUGAUGGGAAAUGUCGACUUGUUGACUUUGAAGGGGGAGGAGAAGUACUCCGGACAUAG